AUGACCACAGUCUCUAUUCCCAGCCCUGGUUGCUGGUGUGAGGCCUCUCCUGGUCUCAGCCCUUGUUGCUGGUGUGAGGCCUCUCCUGGUCUCAGCCCUGGUUUCUGGUGUGAGGCCUCCCCUGGUCUCAGCCCUGGUUGCUGGUGUGAGGCCUCUCCUGGUCUCAGCCCUGGUUGCUGGUGUGAGGCCUCCCCUGGUCUCAGCCCUUGUUGCUGGUGUAAGGCCUCUCCUGUUCUCAACCCUUGUUGCUGGUCUGAGGCCUCUCCUGGUCUCAGCCCUGGUUGCUGGUGUGAGGCCUCCCCUGUUGUCAGCCCUGGUUGCUGGUAUGAGGCCUCCCCUGGUCUCAGCCCUGGUUUCUGGUGUGAGGCCUCUCCUGGUCUCAGCCCUUGUUGCUGGUGUGAGGCCUCUCCUGGUGUCAGCCCUCGUUGUGCUGGUGUGAGGCCUCUCCUGGUGUCAGCCCUGUUUGCUGGUGUGAGGCCUCCCCUGGUGUCAGCCCUGGUUGCUGGUGUGAGGCCUCCCCUGGUCUCAGCCCUGGUUGCUGGUGUGAGGCCUCCCCUGGUGUCAGCCCUGGUUUCUGGUGUGAGGCCUCCCCUGGUGUCAGCCCUGGUUGCUGGUGUGAGGCCUCCCCUGGUCUCAGCCCUGGUUGCUGUUGCGAGGCCUCUUCUGGUGUCAGCCCUGGUUGCUGGUGUGAGGCCUCCCCUGGUGUCAGCCCUGGUUGCUGGUGUGAGGCCUCUUCUGGUCUCAGCCCUGGUUGCUGGUGUGAGGCCUCCCCUGGUGUCAGCCCUGGUUUCUGGUGUGAGGCCUCCCCUGGUGUCAGCCCUGGUUGCUGGUGUGAGGCCUCCCCUGGUCUCAGCCCUGGUUGCUGUUGCGAGGCCUCUCCUGGUGUCAGCCCUGGUUGCUGGUGUGAGGCCUCCCCUGGUGUCAGCCCUGGUUGCUGGUGUGAGGCCUCUCCUGGUGUCAGCCCUGGUUGCUGGUGUGAGGCCUCCCCUGGUCUCAGCCCUGGUUGCUGGUGUGAGGCCUCUCCUGGUCUCAGCCCUGGUUGCUGUUGCGAGGCCUCUCCUGGUCUCAGCCCUGGUUGCUGGUGUGAGGCCUCUCCUGGUGUCAGCCCUGGUUUCUGGUGUGAGGCCUCCCCUGGUGUCAGCCCUGGUUGCUGGUGUGAGGCCUCCCCUGGUCUCAGCCCUGGUUGCUGUUGCGAGGCCUCUCCUGGUGUCAGCCCUGGUUGCUGGUGUGAGGCCUCCCCUGGUGUCAGCCCUGGUUGCUGGUGUGAGGCCUCUCCUGGUGUCAGCCCUGGUUGCUGGUGUGAGGCCUCCCCUGGUCUCAGCCCUGGUUGCUGGUGUGAGGCCUCUCCUGGUCUCAGCCCUGGUUGCUGGUGUGAGGCCUCUCCUGGUGUCAGCCCUGGUUGCUGGUGUGAGGCCUCCCCUGGUGUCAGCCCUGGUUGCUGGUGUGAGGCCUCCCCUGGUGUCAGCCCUGGUUGCUGGUGUGAGGCCUCCCCUGGUCUCAGCCCUGGUUGCUGGUGUGAGGCCUCUCCUGGUCUCAGCCCUGGUUGCUGGUGUGAGGCCUCUCCUGGUGUCAGCCCUGGUUGCUGGUGUGAGGCCUCCCCUGGUGUCAGCCCUGGUUGCUGGUGUGAGGCCUCCCCUGGUGUCAGCCCUGGUUGCUGGUGUGAGGCCUCCCCUGGUGUCAGCCCUGGUUGCUGGUGUGAGGCCUCCCCUGGUGUCAGCCCUGGUUGCUGGUGUGAGGCCUCCCCUGGUGUCAGCCCUGGUUGCUGGUGUGAGGCCUCUCCUGGUGUCAGCCCUGGUUGCUGGUGUGAGGCCUCCCCUGGUGUCAGCCCUGGUUGCUGGUGUGAGGCCUCCCCUGGUGUCAGCCCUGGUUGCUGGUGUGAGGCCUCCCCUGGUGUCAGCCCUGGUUGCUGGUGUGAGGCCUCUCCUGGUCUCAGCCCUGGUUGCUGUUGCGAGGCCUCUCCUGGUCUCAGCCCUGGUUGCUGGUGUGAGGCCUCUCCUGGUGUCAGCCCUGGUUUCUGGUGUGAGGCCUCCCCUGGUGUCAGCCCUGGUUGCUGGUGUGAGGCCUCCCCUGGUCUCAGCCCUGGUUGCUGUUGCGAGGCCUCUCCUGGUGUCAGCCCUGGUUGCUGGUGUGAGGCCUCCCCUGGUGUCAGCCCUGGUUGCUGGUGUGAGGCCUCUCCUGGUGUCAGCCCUGGUUGCUGGUGUGAGGCCUCCCCUGGUCUCAGCCCUGGUUGCUGGUGUGAGGCCUCUCCUGGUCUCAGCCCUGGUUGCUGGUGUGAGGCCUCUCCUGGUGUCAGCCCUGGUUGCUGGUGUGAGGCCUCCCCUGGUGUCAGCCCUGGUUGCUGGUGUGAGGCCUCCCCUGGUGUCAGCCCUGGUUGCUGGUGUGAGGCCUCCCCUGGUCUCAGCCCUGGUUGCUGGUGUGAGGCCUCUCCUGGUCUCAGCCCUGGUUGCUGGUGUGAGGCCUCUCCUGGUGUCAGCCCUGGUUGCUGGUGUGAGGCCUCCCCUGGUGUCAGCCCUGGUUGCUGGUGUGAGGCCUCCCCUGGUGUCAGCCCUGGUUGCUGGUGUGAGGCCUCCCCUGGUCUCAGCCCUGGUUGCUGGUGUGAGGCCUCUCCUGGUCUCAGCCCUGGUUGCUGGUGUGAGGCCUCUCCUGGUGUCAGCCCUGGUGUGCUGGUGUGAGGCCUCCCCUGGUGUCAGCCCUGGUUGCUGGUGUGAGGCCUCCCCUGGUGUCAGCCCUGGUUGCUGGUGUGAGGCCUCCCCUGGUCCCUGGUUGCUGGUUGACGCGGGGCUAAACGACCCGUGGACGCACAUGGGUCACACUCACUUUAAUUCAAUCUUUUGUCGACUCAUCGUCUGGAAAGAUUGUUUCCUUCCUGCUCUGGAGGAAGCAGCUUCGGUCGUGUCUCGCUGCUCGUCCGACUGGAACGCUGGCUACGGGAGGAAAGUGCCGAGUCCCUCUGCUCGGGGCCUCAGCCGCUGCUCGGGGCCUCAGCCGCUGCUCGGGGCCUCAGCCGCUGCUCGGGGCCUCAGCCGCUGCUCGGGGCCUCAGCCGCUGCUCGGGGCCUCAGCCGCUGCUCGGGGCCUGCAGCUUUACCGUAAAGCUCUACAGCCCCAGCCCCAGCCUCCCACAUACCGCUCGGAGCUGACCAAAACAAAAGACAGCUGGAGUCGUGGAGCAAUGCAGCCCGAGCGGGGGAUUCCACGGCCCAGCAUUCGAAAACCAUUAACAGACAUCUCCUGGUUUAUCCACUGCUCAGCUGCACCAUGGGUCACACGUCCUGACUCGGGCGAGAUUUGGUGCUCGUAA